GAACAUCAAUUGACAGGCCAUAAAGUAGCAGUUAAAAUCUUAAAUAGACAGAAGAUUCGCAGUUUAGAUGUUGUUGGAAAAAUAAAACGAGAAAUUCAAAAUCUGAAACUCUUUCGUCAUCCUCAUAUUAUCAAACUAUACCAGGUGAUCAGCACUCCAACAGAUUUUUUUAUGGUAAUGGAAUAUGUGUCUGGUGGUGAAUUAUUCGACUACAUCUGUAAACAUGGACGGGUUGAAGAGAUGGAAGCCAGGCGACUCUUCCAGCAGAUCCUAUCAGCUGUAGAUUACUGUCAUAGGCAUAUGGUUGUUCAUCGAGAUCUGAAACCAGAGAAUGUGCUGUUGGAUGCACACAUGAAUGCCAAGAUAGCUGAUUUUGGAUUAUCUAAUAUGAUGUCAGAUGGUGAAUUUCUGCGAACUAGUUGUGGGUCUCCAAACUACGCGGCACCAGAAGUCAUCUCCGGCAGACUGUAUGCAGGCCCUGAGGUUGAUAUCUGGAGCUGCGGUGUUAUCUUGUAUGCUCUUCUUUGUGGCACCCUCCCAUUUGAUGAUGAACACGUGCCUACGUUAUUUAAGAAGAUCCGAGGGGGUGUUUUUUAUAUCCCAGAAUAUCUCAAUCGUUCUGUUGCUACUCUCCUGAUGCAUAUGUUACAGGUUGAUCCUCUGAAACGAGCAACUAUCAAAGACAUAAGAGAGCAUGAAUGGUUUAAACAAGAUUUGCCCAGUUACUUAUUUCCUGAAGAUCCUUCCUAUGAUGCUAACGUCAUUGAUGAUGAGGCUGUAAAAGAAGUGUGUGAAAAAUUUGAAUGUACAGAAUCGGAAGUAAUGAACAGUUUAUAUAGUGGUGACCCUCAAGACCAGCUUGCAGUGGCUUAUCAUCUUAUCAUUGACAAUCGGAGAAUUAUGAACCAAGCCAGUGAGUUCUACCUUGCUUCUAGUCCCCCAACUGGUUCUUUUAUGGAUGAUAGUGCCAUGCAUAUUCCCCCAGGUUUGAAACCUCAUCCAGAAAGGAUGCCACCUCUUAUAGCAGACAGCCCUAAAGCAAGAUGUCCGUUGGAUGCACUGAAUACAACGAAGCCUAAAUCUUUAGCUGUGAAGAAAGCCAAGUGGCACCUUGGGAUCCGAAGUCAGAGCAAACCAUAUGACAUUAUGGCUGAAGUUUACCGAGCUAUGAAGCAGCUGGAUUUUGAAUGGAAGGUAGUGAAUGCAUACCAUCUUCGAGUAAGAAGAAAAAAUCCAGUGACUGGCAAUUAUGUGAAAAUGAGCUUACAGCUUUACCUGGUUGAUAAUAGAAGCUAUCUUUUGGACUUUAAAAGCAUUGAUGAUGAGGUGAUGGAGCAGAGGUCGGGUUCCUCUACACCCCAGCGUUCCUGUUCGGCUGCUGGCUUACAUAGAGCAAGAUCAAGUUUUGAUUCGGCAGCUGUAGAGAGCCAUUCUCUCUCUGGUUCUCUCACUGGCUCCUUGACUGGAAGCUCUUUGUCUUCGGUUCCGCCUCGUUUGGGCAGUCACACCAUGGAUUUUUUUGAAAUGUGUGCCAGCCUGAUUACUACUUUAGCUCGUUGAUGGUCAUUUCCUAAUCUCUAUUUAUAUUUUGUUACCACACUGUGAAAAUCAGACAUAUUCUUUAAAUUAUUAUCUUACUUAUGGCUAUCACAUACUCUGCAUUAUGAAGGAGAAAUGUGAAUGUCUCCAGCGGACACUCAGUACCAUUGAUGUUACUGAAAACAAAAUAGUCUGACACUUGAUUUACCUGUAGAAUAAUUCUCUUUUUGUCUAUUAUAAAUCCACAUAAGGCAUUAUACUUAGUAGGUGACAUUGAUGAAGAUUAUUGUUUAUUUAAAAUUGUGAGUUCACUACAGAUGAUUAAUCUGCCUUAGUUGGUGAAUCAUCUCAACUGAAGGGUGCUUUGGCAACACCUCCUUGCUUUACUCUUGAAUUACAGGUACAGUCAGUUGACUUCUCAUUUUCAGUAAGCUUUAACCUGUGUUUUUACGUCAGUUGUCUUGCACAAGAAGGUUAAAAGUUAAAACAACUAUUAGUAAGGUAGUAUUUGAAUGCUGCAAUUUAAAAGACAUACCCACAAUAUUUCAGAAACCAAGUUCUUCUAACAGUUUUUGCAGCCACUACCUAAUACUUGACAGAAGAGCUCCUGUCCUGAAAUCGGUAGCUGUCAUUCCAAGUUUCUUGAAAACAGCUGUACCCAAAUCAAAGUUUUAUCUUGAAAUGUCCCUGGAAAAUUUACCCUAAGAGCCUUUAAGGUUCAGUAUCAGAACAUCUAGAAUUACAACAACAUUCAUCUUUUUCAUAAAUUUUUAUCGUUUUAAAAGCUGCCUUCAAAAUCUACUUAAAUUCUUCAUUAUUUUUUUGCUUCACACACAUGAAAACAUGAACAAAGCAAAAUUAUCAACAAUCCUUUAAAAGAAUACUCUCACGUUUGAUCUCUUACUAUGUGUGGUGUUAGGGGAGAGAUUGUGUCUGUGUCUUUUUGUCUGACCUGUUGCAUCCUGCAUUGCUAAUUCUGCAUCUGAAGUUAUUGAAGGGAAACCCCUACUUUCCCUGGUCACCUUUGUCUUUGCUUGGUCUUUUGUGACUGAUUGGCUUAUUCCAGUCUUUUUCUGUUUCUCUCUAUUCUGUAUCUUGGUUGCUAGCCAGCCAAUUUGACAAUACUGUUAUGGCCCUAAGGGCUUUUGUGUACUUCCAAAACUUGAUAGGCUGUGACCUUCAUGUUGAACCUGUUAGGGUAGGGAAGCCUUAAUUAAAAAAAAAAAAUCAUUCUUUAAUAAAUACUAUGUUGUUUACAUAUAUACAUAUAUGUAUUCACAUACUAGUACUUCUAAUGGAAACCAAUUUUUUUUUGUG